AUGGGAGACUUACGACGAACGCAUGUGCUGUCAGGGUGUCAGUCAUGGAAUAAACAUAUAUACCCUGGGAUCCUAGACACUGGAAAGACGAUACCUAUUGGGCGGCAAUUUACUCAGUCGGCGUUUGAUUGUGGGGAAGGACAGGAGCUAAGCGCCGAGCAGAAGAAACGGACGGGGCUGAGAGAGCAGGGCUCGUAUGAGAGAAAUGGGUCUGAGGUUAUUGAGGAGGAAGGGACCGAAAGGCUACGGCGGGAGACCCGACCGAGGGACAGUUUUGCAAAUUCGGCGGAGAAAGGGAAGCUAUUAACUACCCCUUCAAGGCUGCUGAAGCUUUUAAUUCCAUUGCCGACUGACCACCCCAAGGAUGUCGAAACCAUCGCCAUUCUUAUCCACUCCCAACAACCUUUAUCAUACCUAGAACGAUUGAUACAGUCGGAGCUACCACCGAUAGAAGAUGACAGAGGAUUGGAAAGGCAGCCAGGAGUAUCGUUCAUUGCGUACCAGUUUGAAAACCACCCGAUUCGCCCCCGGAAAGCGCGUAGCAAGAAGACCAAGCAAUCUGUCGAUUCAUCGCAAACGAUGGAGGUGGAAGAAGUGGCAGUUGCAGAUGACAAAGGUCAGGGUCAUCCAGAGGAAUCGCAGCCGCCUGAGGCAGAACUCGACACAUAUAGCUCCCUACAGAAACCGCAGCCAAACGGAGACGGAGAGCAACGCUACGUUCGAUGGUCACAUGCGACAGAAAUCGGUGAUUUUAUUCGGGAUGCUGCGCGAGCCGGAGAGUUUAUCGUGGCCAUUGAAGGGGCGCCACUGGGGCUGGACCAGAUUAGGAUAACGGUCCCAUCAUUCGAAGAGCGGACGCAUUACCUUCGUAUGCGGUUGAGAAAGAUAUCGGAUCGGAUUCGCACAAUUGCAGAUAUCAAGCACGAAUGUGAUCGAUUGGCGCACCGAGGCGCACAGCGUGUUGCUCUCGGCGGCUUUGGAGUGCUGGCCUCCUGGUGGCUUCUUGUUUAUAAGCUCACAUUUGAGACUGACCUGGGGUGGGAUACGAUGGAGCCAAUCACUUACCUGGCAUCACUGUCGACACUGAUGGGAGGUUACCUUUGGUUCCUCUACCACAACCGCGAGAUCUCAUACCGCUCGGCGCUCGAUUUCACCAUUAAUGCUCGCCAGAAGAAGCUAUAUCAGCUCAAAGGUGUGGAUCUACAGCUGUGGGAGAACUUGAUUGAUGAAGGAAAUGCCCUGCGCAGGGAGAUAAAGACCAUUUCAGCUGAAUAUGAGACUGAAUGGGAUGAGACGCAGGAUGAGCGCGAUGAGCGCGUCGUCGAGGCUUUGAAGAACGAGCGAGACCAACAGAAGCGCAAGGGUGAAGAUCCAGAUGAGAAGGGGGCCCGCGACGACUGA